UGUACCGUUUAGUCGUCCUGUGACAGUCGUGACAAGUGGAUGUUGCUAGUAAAAAUCUUUCGACGCUCGGGUGCUAUUUGCGCGACUGCCGCGGUGUAGGUUGUGCUUGUGGACAUUAGAAUUUUUGGAGAAGUCCUGGACGUUGUGCUACAAUGAAACUAAGUUUUGUGUAGUUUUGUGAAAGUGUUGGAAUUUUGGAUCAUCUCGUCAAUUCCUAAAGAAGCAGCUUCGAAAAACCAAGGCUACUACCGAUUACACCCGAUCGGAAAAAAUCACCCCCCUUAAGGCAGCUGCCAGUAACGAACCAAAGCGUUCCGGUGCUCGUGUAGCCUAGCUAGGAGACCCACCAUUGGAAGGAGAUCGCUGCCGGCUUGUGGUUAGUGGAAGAACGAGGAACAGCAAAAAAAAAAAACACUGCCCAAAAAGUGUGGAGUGCUCCAAAAUCAGGCAACGAAGCCCACUGAUGCAGAAGGACCGAACGAUGCUGGCUGGCUGCCCGAUGACAAUGGGAAGGACAUGCAAUUUGCCAACUCCGAGGGACUCCAAAAGGGACUCAAAAUGAAGAGCCAACCGAGAUGUGGGAAGUCAUUGUGAAGUCGAAUGCACUUACCGACGAGGCCGAAAAAAAAAAUUAUUUCUACCAAUCAACCCAGGUGUACGGUAAAUAAAUCCACGUAUCAGCGACGGAUUUCGGUAUAAAUUUGUGCCCCCCACCGACGGUCGAUAGUAUCGCACAAGUCAUAAGCAAAACCGAACGUUUGAUAACCAAAAAGUGAAGUGCACACAGGAAGAUAAAACAAACUCUACACACGCGCAUAGAAUUUUUCAUCGAGUGAAUAGGGUGGAUUGCUUUACAGCAGAUUUGCAGCGAGUCUGCAAUUUUUGUGUGACCUCGCGAUCUAAAGUGUCGGUGAAAAAAAAAAAACAGGAGAAAACUCCAGGAAUGUGUGUGGUUUAGAGGCGCGCAAUCGAAGGUGGUGGUAGUGGUGCAAACAAGUAUAAAUCUUUAAAAAAGCCACCAGAGCACACCGAGGAACGAAUAAAUUACUCCGGGUGGGGCCGGCAACCAGGUUGUGUAGUUGUUGCGGUUGUGAGCUCUCUCGGGGAGGGCUUUUUCCUUUUUUUUGCUUCUACCCGUUCCGUCGGUUCGCAUGAUAGAGAGCAAUAAAUUAAUAGGAGAUAAAAACGAGUGUAUCCUGCAGUAGAAGAGUACUCAGUGAGAAGCGGACAGUGGAAAAAACACAACGAAGUAUAAAAAUAGGAUCACAAUGUGGCGGCAGUGAGGGUCUGUUUCGCGUGAAACAGAUUUUCGCGAGCAUCGGUCAGCCGAUGAGUAGUAGUGCAUGCUCGAGUGCUAGGGCAAACGAGUGAAGGACACACAAAGAAACGCAAACACAAAUAAUCACAGCACAAAACAGUUGAUCCACUCUUUCGCGCGGUCCUUGCGGAGUUUUACACGCGGUGAGCGAAAAAUAAAUUUAAACAAGAUCGCAAAACCCUGCCGACCUGGUCCUGGCAAUUCUUGAACAAAAGGCCCAUGGUAGAAGUGGCCCACUGGGUGGGAAAUUGUUGGAGGUCUGAAUAAAAUGUAUUGCUAUAGAAAGGGCUAGUAAAAAUGGAUCUCCUGCUGCAGGACUAAAGUGGUACUGGUGAGAGAAGCGAGAAAAAAAAUCACGACAGACGGAUUUGAAACUACGGACUACCAGUCAAUAGGUGGAUCGGUUAAACUGUGUGUGUGUGUGUGGGGUGAACUCUGGGGCACACUUGGUUCGCGGUCGGAUUGGAUAUUGCACCCCAGUGUGUGUGUGUGUGCCUUUCGCUUCGAAUCCGCCUUCCGUAUUGAACGCGACACAAACGAGAAACUCCUGAAGCCAGAGCCUGUCCGGAAUUGUGAAAUUGAAAGCGAAAACCAGGGACUGGGACAGAAAUAAAAAGACAUCCUCCACAAAAGGCCGGUGGAGAAACAAUAGUGCCCUUACGGUGGGGCACACACGAUCGUCGCGCGCGCACAACGAACGCCACCGCUUGUCCGGACAUGCAGGAAGUGGAAUAUUUUAACGACACAACCACCAGCAACACGGAGCGGAUGGAUCGUAAGCAUCCUCGCAAGUGCAGUUACGACCUGCUGGACGGUUCGGACGUACUGCCACCAGCAAGGCAAACUCCACCGUCGCACCGGCGGACCACCGGCGGUGGUACGGCGUAUAACAAAUGCGAUGAAAAUGUAAAUUACACCGCGGAUCCGCUGCUGCUCACUUCGUCCGACGAGGAUAGCAGCGGGUCGCCGACGGGCGAGAUGAAUAAUUGCAUCAAGUUCAUGGAGAAACCGGCACUGAUCAAACGGUUUGCCCUCGGGUUUCUGCGCAGCACCGAGGAAAGUUUGCCGCUGAUGUGCCAUAAAUCAUCGCCCACCUCGCCGCAGAAGAAGCUUAACGACAUCCUGUCCGAGGACAUCUACACGCUGGACCAGAUCGUGUCGAGCAAGUUCGGCGACUCGUGCAAGCAAUCGUUCGCCGGCUCGACCCGUUUGCUGCCGGGCGGUAAUGGCGCGACGACGGCGACCAUCGCCUCGACGACAACCGUGGCCGACGGGGUGGAGUACGAGUUUAAGCGGAACCUGAUCCGACAGACAAACAGUGCCAGCUCGAGCCCGAAACGCUUCCCAACGCUAACGCCACCCAAGCAUGCGGACAGUCUGAACAGCGUUAGCCUCGGUGAGGACAGCGAAGAACUGAACCGGGCGUCCUGGUUUCAGGCCGGAUUGCCGCGCGAACUGUCGCUCGAGGUACUGACGCAGCAGAGUCCGGGUGCGUUCUUGGUGCGGCGAAGCACCACCAAGCACGGAUGCUUCGCGCUAUCGUUACGCGUUCCACCGGGGCCAGGUCCGAAGGUGGUGCACUAUUUAAUUAUGAAAACCGAGCGUGGAUAUAAAAUUAAGGGCUUCACGAAGGAAUUUUCCUCACUGCGCGCACUGAUAACGCACCACUCGGUAAUGCCGGAGAUGCUUCCGGUUCCGCUGUCACUGCCACGACCGCAAAACAUCCCGACCAAGUGCAAACACACGGACGACUACGAUACCUACAGUGCGCUGAACGAGUUCGCCAAGCUGUUCUCCGACCUAGACAUCUGCUCGUAGUAAUGCUCGGUCCCACCCGUCUGCGUCCGAGGUGUGUUUUCGGUGCAACAUUUUGAUAACAUUGGCGUUAUUCCCUGGGGAAACGGAGGAUAACCACCCGCGGUUGCCUGCCGGUGACACCAGAUGGAAGGCAGUUAGCUGCUGCGGCUGUGCAAAAGUCAGCUUUCUGAUGAGUUUGUAAAUAGCGUGUCAAAUAGCAGCGUGUAAAUAGUGCCUGCGUGGAGGAGAGUUUGGGUGUGUGUGUGUGGGAGAUGCCUGCAGGAAAGUUUUCGGUGCGGAAGUUCCCAACAUGUGUUUGCCGGUAAGGCUUUACGCCCGCCCUACGUACCCUAAACCGGCAAUAGAAAUAACAAUCAAAAUGUAGUGACGCGUCAAGACCAGUACCCAGGUACUUGAUACGAGGCACGGUAAAGAGUGAUCCUUCUUCGGGUGGCAGUAGUCCUGUUUUUGAUAUUGUGAUACAGACAACCGAACGUUACCACCCAUUGUCUUGGCACGCCAUCUGGACAAGGUGGGCGCAGAGCAGGCAGCGCGUCGCGACAGGAAGCGUAACAAUCGUUAGAUUGAGCAUUGAUUUAAGAAUUGAACGUCCGUUUCAAGGGCGGACGGUGAGUACUGGAACAUGUGCCCUAGCAUUAUACUGCGUACGCGUACCCUAAGAUAUACAAACUAGGCUGGAUAAGUAUAUGUAUGUGUUCGUACAUUGGCGUAUUGACGGAAAUAAAUGACUUGUAAAGUUAAGCAUAGCGAAAGAA